GAGUUAGCCGAGAGGGCUUUCCUGGUGCAGGCGCAUGACGAAAACGAGGCUUGCUGCCUCCUAGUACUGGUGCUCUUCACUGCCAAGCUGCAUCAUUCAUCGCCGCUCGAGACAUUUGUAUUGUUCUACCAUUAGUACUGACCCGUUCUCACCUUCAACGACGUAAUCAUAUUACCAUGCCUCCAACAGACCUCAUGAAGAAGUCCCCCGCAGCUGCUACAACCAUCAACUCACCUGUAAAUGUCAAGCUUCUGCUAAUUGGAAACGCUUCAGUGGGGAAGAGCAGCUUACUCUUGCGCUUCUCGGAUGAGCAAUGGCUUCCCGAGGACGAAGCGAGCGCAACGAUUGGCGUUGAUUUCCGUGUACACAAGAUGGAGGUGAAUGGGCGGAAGGUGAAGCUCAGUAUAUGGGAUACAGCUGGUCAAGAACGCUUCCGCACAAUCACAUCCUCGUACUACCGUGGUGCUCAAGGGAUCAUACUGGUGUAUGACGUAGCAAACCGCGAGACAUUCGAAGCGCUUCCAAAAUGGUUUUCUGAAAUCGACACCUACGUCUCAAUUACAGUGCCGAAGAUUAUUGUUGGGAAUAAGGUCGAUAAGGAAAACUCCCGGCAAGUCUCCACCAAGGAGGGUUCCACUUUUGCCUCUCGUCAGAAUGCCCUCUUCGUCGAGGCUUCUGCAAAGACGGCCAUCGGGGUACGCGAGGUAUUCGAGGAGCUCGUGGCGCGGAUUCUUGAGACCCCAGAGCUAUGGGCACCUGUGACACCAACAACGAAUGUAAGUUUCGGGAAACGGGGCGAGGAAGACGGCAUGCCGGGGACGAUAGAUGUGGGACGCGACACGGCUGCACUGGGCGAUGGGAGUUGCGCAUGCUAGAUUCAUUCAUAAUCAAACCGUCCGUGCGCUCGCCAGUGGUCUUGUGUAUGAUGCUGAUUGCUGUUUGUGUGGAUAGAUCUGCCUCGGACACAACUGAUAUACCUUGUUUGUGCGUAUUUACUGCACUUCAAUUCAUGUACUAUAGACACGCGACAUCUGGGGGAAUUACUUACCGCCACCGUACGGGGUGUGUGUCAUAAGCUGAUCACAGGAAUUUGGGGUGAGGCUGCAACGCGCCUUUACCCCGUUGUUCUGCAAUGUGGUGAGCUGGUCGUUUAUGAUCGAUUGAAUGCUAGCGCCCUUAUGACGUUUGGAGGUAAACUAUUUAUAUGUACUAGAUGUAGGUAGUGAAGUCAACUGAUUCUCCUUGAAGCA